AUGGACUCCAUAAUCCCCCCAGCAGGGGACCUGUCCUCCGAAAAAGCCGCGCCGCUCGCCGUCCCUUUCAAACGCGAGGAGCUCAUCGGCUCCCCCUCUUCAAGCGCCAACCAACGCCGGUACACCACAAUCUCGAUCCCGAGCACCUACGGCCAACAAGACUCGAGCACCUCCCCCGGAACCGUGGUCGGCAUAGUCCUCGGCAGCGUGGGCGGCUUCGUCCUCCUCCUGUACCUAGUCAUCAUUGCCCUGAACCCCGGCGGCUUCUCGCGAGGAGGAGGCUUAUCCGUCGACGAGGAGAUCGUCAUACGCAGCCGGCACGGAACGCUAUCCUCGAGCCGUCCAUCCAGCCGUCGGCGCCGCAGCGAAGUCGUCGAGGUGGUCGAGGAGCGCGGUAGUCGCCGGCCAUCGUCGUCGCGAUACCGUCGCCGGGACUCGGAUGAUCGCAUCGUUGUCGAGGAGUCAGUCACUGCUACUACGACUACAGAUGAUGUCGUGGAGGUCGUUGAGGAGGAAUCCUCGACGGCUUCGACCUUGUCCACUGUGCCGAAGAGGCACAAGCGCGGUUCGAGUGGGAGGGGUGCUUAUCGCAGUGUUGAUCCCCGCGAGUAUGGGGGUGGGGGUUCGUAUGCCAGUCGGUAUCGGUGA